AUGGGUGGUGGAGCCCUUUUCGGGUGCUCCUCGGCUGGCCACAGCGGCAUCAACCAGCUGGGUGGAGUGUACGUGAAUGGCAGGCCGCUGCCGGACUCAACGCGACAGAAGAUCGUGGAGCUGGCUCACUCUGGCGCACGGCCCUGCGACAUCAGUCGGAUACUGCAGGUCUCCAAUGGAUGCGUCUCCAAGAUACUAGGCAGAUAUUACGAGACGGGGUCGAUUAAGCCCCGCGCCAUCGGAGGGUCAAAGCCACGAGUCGCCACGACCCCAGUAGUCUCCAAGAUCGCGGACUACAAGCGGGAGUGCCCCUCGAUCUUCGCGUGGGAGAUCAGGGACCGUCUGUUGAGUGAAAACGUGUGCAAUAACGACAAUAUACCUAGUGUUUCAUCAAUCAACCGAGUGUUAAGAAACUUAGCGUCACAGAAGGAGCAAGCGGCUUCAGCGCAGAACGACAGCGUUUACGAGAAACUGAGGAUGUUCAACGGCCAGGCCGCUACUGGAUGGUGGUACCCUGGCCUUCCUACUGCACCAGCAGCUCCCGCGAUACCUGCACCCUUACCACCACAGCUCAAUAGAACUCCCAAUGCUGAGGAACAUAAAAGGGCAGAUCCUUUGCAAUCAGAGGCGGGGUCGGACGGGAACAGCGAGCACGCUUCAUCAGGAGACGAAGACUCACAGAUGAGACUGCGACUUAAGAGAAAGCUGCAGAGGAACAGGACCUCCUUCACCAACGAUCAGAUAGAUAGCCUUGAGAAAGAGUUCGAACGGACGCACUAUCCGGACGUGUUCGCGCGGGAGCGGCUGGCUGAAAAGAUCGGAUUGCCUGAGGCACGUAUCCAGGUCUGGUUCUCCAACCGUCGAGCGAAAUGGCGGCGCGAAGAGAAGCUCCGGAGUCAGAGACGCGACGCUCCGGCGGCGUCUCCGCCCGCGCCCCCCACGCCGCGCAUCCCCCUCAACGGAGGCUUCAACUCCAUGUACAGCCCCAUCCCGCAACCCAUCGCCACUAUGGGCGACUCUUAUAGUUCGAUGUCCGGUGGGCUGACAUCGUCGUGCCUCCAGCAGCGGGACGGCGGGUACCCGUACAUGUUCGGCGACGUGCUUGGCAGCGGCGGUUACUCAAGAGCACCCGCCGCUCAUCAACAGCAUGCAGCAUAUUCACAGCCUCAAGCAGCUCCUAGUACUGGUGUAAUAUCGGCGGGCGUAAGCGUGCCAGUGCAAAUACCAUCGCAGGGGCCGGACCUCGCAUCAAACUACUGGGGGAGGCUUCAGUGA